AUGGGAGACUAUAACAUUAAGUCUGUUGCGGUUGUUGGAGCCGGAGCUGCCGGCGCCAUUUCCGCGGCAGCUCUGAAGGCAGAGAAUUACUUCGACCGUAUUCGAGUGUUUGAGCGGAGAGAAACACCUGGGGGUACUUGGAUUUACGAUGCCGAUCCAAAAGUCGCUCCUAUACAGCCUGGUGGUUUCCCAGCAGAUAUUGAUAAGCCACUUGCGAUUCCAGAGAACCUGCCUACCGCGACGCCUCCAAACCAGCAGGAGAGAUACGCCCAUACGCCAAUCUAUCAGAAUCUCACAACUAAUGUGCCUCAAAUCGCGAUGUCAUUCUCGGAUCAGCCAUUCUCCUAUGGACCUUUCGUUCCCCAUUAUGUUCCUCGCCAGUACAUCGAAACAUAUUUCUCCACACAAAAGACUGACGAAUAUUUGUCUCUCAACACUACAGUAGAAGAUGUCUCCCAGCUACCUGCUGCUACUAAGGGAGGGCUGAAGCCGUGGAGGUUAACGUUGCGGAAAUAUGACUCUCUACGUCACCUCGACGUAUGGUGGCAGGAGGACUUUGACGCCGUCAUACUCGCCAACGGGCACUAUGCUAUUCCCUGGGUUCCCCAUGUCCAAGGCUUGGAGGCAUACACAGAGAAAUUCCCUGGCAAAGUGAUACACUCCAAAUUCUAUCGAUCACCUUGGAUAUACGCCAACAAAAGAGUCCUUGUUAUUGGAAACUCGGCCUCUGGUCAUGAUAUAGCAGUGGAUCUUCUACAGUCUGUUCACCAACCGCUCUACCAGUCACGGCGAUCGCGAGGGAGGUUGGAUGGCGAUGAACCUCCCCUUGGAAUGGAGUGGAAGACAGUUAUCAAAGAGUAUCGACUGGAUGGUACAAUCGUGUUCGACGAUGGCAGCGAACUCAAAGACAUUGAUCACGUCCUUUACUGUACAGGAUAUCUUCCAUCUUAUCCAUUUUGGAACAGCAAAGUUAACGGCCGCCCACUAUUCGACUACAAGAACAGAAAGCUUAUCAACAACUACUGGCAUACCUUCUUCCAGGAUAUUCCCAACUUGGCAGUCGUCGGCAUGCCUCGCGUCUUGACAUUUCGAAGCUUCGAAUACCAAGCCAUCGCACUUGCACGACUCUUCUCGGGGAGAAACUCUAUUUCUCUUCCACCAAAGGAUGAACAAAAGAAAUGGGAACUUGACAGAGAGAAGCUUUGUAGACAGCAAGGACGAAAGUUUCACGAGAUAGAGUGGGAGACUGGUGAGACGUUCAAGUGGUUGGAGGGGUUCUUCCAGAUCGCGGGCCUGGGAACAUUGUCUGGGGAAGGCAGAAUACCUCCUGUCUUGAGCAAAGAUAUUAUAUGGGCUAUUGAACAUGUGAGGAAGUACCCAGAGCCAGGUAGGGACGAUCACGACAAGAGCAGAGAAGGGUCUGAAUCUGAACAUGAUGGUUGGGAGUUGGUUGAAAGCACGCAUAAGGAUCUCUUGUCCUUCAUUUAG